GGAAAAUAGGAAGCUUUGGCGCCUCGCAAGCGGUCGGGAAACUUAAUUCCAGCUUAGGGGGCAUGUUUUCUCCGAAUUCCAGUAAGGCCUAGCUCCACGAAUAGGCCUAUAUUCUCUGCCAAGCACGUUCAUCAUCACAACACACCAACCUGCCUGCUUAAACAUAUCUAUUUGUAUUCACCCUCGUCAUUGACUACCAUCGAGCGUGAUCACUGACCACCGAUGAUGGGUCCAUCGAAAGGGCAAGAGCCGAUGGCCAGUGCGUGGACAAUCUAUGACAACAUCGAGCAGUACCGGGGUAAAGUCGCCCUCAAAGAGCGCGACCACAGGGCCUACUAUGAAAGUUCUCAGUUCAAGAAACGACAACAUGAGCAAGAGAUUGCCAUACUCAGGCGAGACAACAAAGAAACAAGGGUGACCCUUACGCAAAAAACACUCCAGGGAGAUGCAAGGUUGAUCACACAAGCUCUAUCAAGUCGUAAAGAGGAACAGUUAGCACUACAACGCAAAACUGCCGAGAGUGCCAUUCAUGAACUGGAUCUUAAGGUGUGCGAGAAAGCGAAGCAACUGAACUUCCUGCGCUAUGACCGACUGCAGAAGAUGCAACGUAUUUCCGACAUGGACGCCAACAUGGCGACGGAAAAAUCCGUCAUGAAAAAUCAUGGAAAACUAGCUAAACAUGACCAACAGACAAUCCGCAUGAUUGAGAACAACCUUGAUAAAGCCAAGAUCAAGUAUGACAUGGCCAUAAAGAUACAGCGAAAUUACAUCGAAAUUCUACAAUGUCUAGAGGAGGAACGCCUUGCUCUUCCAAAGAAACUGCGGUGCUUGGAGAGAACGCUGGAGGAGCAGCGAAAAGAACUGGCUGAACUGAAAGAAAUCAACAAAGAUGCUCAUAUUAAGAAAGACUUAGCAAAGGCCGAAUUUACACAGCUGGAGCAGAAGAUGAUGGAAGCAAAACGAUCGCGUGAUCGAACUUUGAACCGGAUGAAGAAACAAGCGGAGAGACAGAAAGAGAUGGCAGAGAAGACAGAGAAGCGCGCGCGUGCGACACUGCAGACGGACGACGCAACUCAAGACACCAAGCGGCAGUCGCAAAUGGACGAAGACAACUGGGUGAAAGUCACCACAUACGAAGAAGCUUUCCAGAGAAUCAAAGAUGCUACCGGUGUCUCCGACAUCAAUGAGAUUGAGGACCGUUUUCUGAGUCAGAAGCUUACCUUCGAGCAUCUGGAGCUGCAGAAGCUAAGCGGCGAGAAGCAGCGCAAGUCUCUGGAGAAGCAGAACAGACAACUCUUGGAGCAGUACGAGGCCCUCAAAUACAGCGGCGAGAGCAAGAUGUCACGAGGAGAGCAGUUAUUGGAACAGAUGCAGGACCAUCUUGACGGAGAGACAACUAGAAGAGACACUGCGAAGAGGAAUCUUGAGAACGCUUACAAACUACUCUCCAACCUCAAAUCUGGUAUCAAACAUCUUGUGGAUACUCUCAAAGACAUCACAGUCAGAGGGUCUAUGCGUAAUUUGGCCUUGUCGACCGAGGAUCCCGUGGAGCAGCUGAACAUCUGUGAGGUCAAACUUCUUUCCAUGAUGCGGCAAGCCAACGUCAAAGAUACGGCAAGUUUCUGGAAAGUCAAGAGCAGUCCAGAGUUUCAGGAAUUUAUGGAGAAUCAUUUGGCGCCCGAGAAUCUCAGGAUCCGGAUGGACGAACCGGACGCCUAUGACUCCGACGAGUAUGGGUACGAUAGCCAAGAUAAUGAGGACAUGCUGACGAAUGCGGACAUCAAACGACAAGGCCAGAAUCUUAUGAACGCAAAGAAAUCAAAACGAAAGAAGAAGAAAAACUAAAACUUACUCAAAUUCAUUAAUCCAUGCCAAAAAAGGAAAAAUAAAUCUGUUUAUACUAGAUGAUCCAUUUUCACUAACAAUCAAUAAUAUGCUUACAUUUCCGAUGUUAUAAAAAAUGAUACAAUUUUAGCAAAGGUGGAGAUACUACGAAGG